AUGGCGCGGAGCUCCGUGAAGCGCUCGCUGCUGGCGUUCUUCGUGGCCGUGAUCGUGGCCAUCGCCUGCAUGUUGGUGCUGGCCGUCCAAGUGCCCAGCGUGGUGGCGGCGCACGCGCAUUCGAACGACUUCAAGCGCUCCGGGAUCGGCGAAGUGGUGGACGAAGACGCGGACGAGGACGAGGAGGACGAGGAGUGGGACUUCAUGGACGACGACGCCAUCUUGGGGCUCUCGGAGCGGCACAACGCGGGGAUUGGGGCUGACACUCAGACCACCAAAGAGAUCUGCGUGGCCUCUUUGCCCGCGGAGCGCGUGGACGACGACUACUGUGACUGCGAGGACGGCAGCGACGAGCCCAACACGUCGGCGUGCUCCCACGUGCUGCUGAGCUCGACAACGCCCCCGUUUGGUCGGGAAUUCAGCUGCAAAGCUGACAACAAGCAGGUGUCAUUGGCCGCUGUGGCCGACGGCGUGUGCGACUGCUGCGACGGCAGCGACGAGAGGGGGGGACUGUGUGCUGACACUUGUCAGACGGAGUGGCAGGAGAGGCUGAAGAAGCUAAAAGAGAGGCUGCAGGUGGUGCAAAGCGGGUAUAGAACGCGGAAAGGAUACCUGGCGCGUGCUGUGGACACGGUGACGAAGCUGAACGAGGACUUUGAGCGCCUUGCGCAGUCGUACGAGGCAGGGCAGAGGGCGUUCGAAGACCUGCAGCAGCGCGCGCAGCACAACCCGGAGCUGCGUGGACACCUUGAGCAGUCGUACCAUGUGCUGCGCACAGUGCAGUACGUCAUGUACGUCCAGAACCGUGUCGUUGACCGCAGCACAUUCACAGACGCGGCCUGGAAGCCUGCGUUCGUCGAGCUUGUGGGCAAGUGUUUCUCGUACACGGUGGACGAGAAGGAGCUGAAGGGCGGGACUCCCAACGUCAUCCCUCGCAAGUAUGAAAUGGUGCUGUGCCCGUUCCAGAAUGUCUCGCAGGCAGAGCCGUCGUAUCCACAGUGGACUAGGGCGGAGCGUCAAACCAAGGUCGGAGUUACUGCGGCGGACGAGGAGGAAGAAGAGGUCCCACGUCCUAUUGGUCUGGGCAUCUGGAACGAGUGGCAAGAGUCGACAGACUUCGCGCGUGUGCAGGACUACAACCACGGCGAGCCCUGUGCUGACGGACAGGAGCGUCAGACACAUGUGGAACUUUCGUGUGGUGCUACCAAUCGCGUUGUUGCGGUGGAGGAACGUGAAAUGUGCGAGUAUGAGAUCCGCUUCGAGACGCCUGCAGCUUGUGAGUCGAGAGAAGAAGAGGCGUUGCUGGACGAAAUCACGCUGGUCCAGCGAUUCCCCAGGCAGCAAGAGCAAGGAGCUGCUAAAGUAGAGGGUCACGAAGAACUAUAG